AUGCGCAUCCACGAGAGCGGCAUUGACCGCACUUUCAACACACCAACCACAUCCAACACAUCCACUGUGCACACCCCCACCAUCGCUCCAAAAAUCUGCGCCACCACCACCACCAAUACCACAACCAAAACCACCACCAACACCACUACCACCAACACCACCAAAACCGCAAUCACCAACACCACCACCGACUCCUCCAUAGUUGACAUUCACACCGCCGAAUUCUCAUGUCCACACUGUCCACGUACAUUCAACUCACGCAUCGGCCUUGUCGGUCACUUGCGAAUCCAUCGCUUAGAGACUGGGGAACCAGUGCCUGGAGCACCAAUCUAUACCCACCAAGCUCGAAUCCACUGCCCACAAUGUCCUCGCACCUUGAGACACCGCGUGGGCCGAUUCGGCCACAUGCGCAUCCACGACGACCUGAGGUAG